AUUUAUUUUUAACUCGUAUUAUGCCCAGUCGUGUUUCCACUACAGCUUUGUAUGCAUAAAAUGAAUAGCAACGCCUUGUUUGUGGUGUUGGUGGUGGCCGUUGGAGUGGGUGCGGUUGCUCUCCCCCACAGCCGACAAUCUUCCCCGGGAAAGGUUUUUCUCUUUGGAGGAGCCACGGAGGAUACAUCCGCCAACAUAUACGACGCCUUGAGGAACGCCACGGGCAAACCGUCCCCCAAUAUCGUGGUCGCCAUCACCGCAGCCAGCUCCUUAGCCAUCGGGUUGGAGGCAUACUACAUUGACGACCCAGGGUCUUGGAGCUAUGAGCGUCUCUUCACCUUCUAUGGCUUCCAACCGUCAGUGCUCCAACUGGCGAGAGACAAUUGGGAGGAGGGUGCCUCUAAUUCGACGUCCUUAGGCCAGGCCAACAUUCGACUGGUCGAGGCGGCUGAUGUCAUCUUUUUCAACGGAGGGGACCAGUCUCGUCAUUCUCGCUCUUGGUUCAACACAGAUGGAUCGGAUUCAGAUAUUUUGGGAGUGGUGAGGAGACGUUUUUUGGACGGGGCCAUCGUUGCCGGAACGUCAGCGGGGGCAGCCAUAAUGAGCAAGCGGACGUAUGGGGAAGGCUACUCCUAUGGCUACUUCUACUUCAAUGCCGACCUCAAGGAGUGCGACAUUGGAGAAACGCUGCAAGAUGACAGAGAUGGAACCAAUUCCUUCCGUUACAGCGAUAACGGUGGACACAUGCAAGGUUUUGGCUUUGUCCAGGAGGCUCUGGUGGACACUCAUGUUGACGCUCGCGGCCGCUUUGGACGACUCCCUGCAGCAAUGCGGUCAACUCUGACGCCGUAUGGCAUUGGUGUUGGCGAGGACACAGCGCUGUACAUAAAUGGCGAGGAGGCCGUGGUGCUGGGUAAUGAUGGAGUGUGGUGGGUGGACAGCUCAGAGGCGCAGUUCGGCAUAGGACCAUAUUUUACAGUGACGGGUCUUCUCGUAUCAUAUUUGACGGAGGGAGACAGACUCAAUUUGGCAACGAAAGAGGUAAUUUCUACGAAACCACUCAUCACAACGAACGAGGGUGUUGCAUACGACAGCAGGGACGUGUUUACUGGACGAGAGGGGAUCCGUUCCAUUACGACUCUGGUCACCUCCAACUCGACGAGGUCCACGGGACGUUCCAAAGAACGCAACCCCACCGCCAACGUCGUUUUUCAUCGUGGUCAGGGCGAGUUGGCGUACACAAUGGACGGGAAAUUUACAGUGGACAAGCUCCAUAUGGAUAUUUACUCAAUUUAGAUUACAUUAUGCCUGGAAAUUCAUGGCACACAAAAUAAAUUAACAUAUUUAGUAGGCAGAA